GACAACAAUUCUAGCCAAUCAGGCGAAUCCUCGAGAAGAGCCUGUUGCCAUAGUGAUUUCAAACAAACUUCAUGUGGUUGCUUAUAUGGUGGCCAGAACAGUGCAGACAGCGUUAAUGUGUAUUUGUGUUUUUUUGCCUGUCAAGGGUUUUAUAUCUGAAAUGUCUAACAAUACGAUAAAAAUGAAGAAAUCCACUCUUAAAGUAACUCCGUCCUCAAGAGCUGUUAAUACCUCUACAUCAGGAUUACUUCGUGUAAAUCUCAGCACAACACGGAGUGUGACUGCUUCCGUCAGCCGAAAAAGUCUGUCUUUGGCCGGUGACAGUAAAGUCCUCGACAAGAGCUCACUACAGACACCAAAACAUACGGUGCAGGUGUUUGAUGAGAAUGGCAAAGAUGUUACACCACAGCCCCUAUUUCAUCCUGACCCUGGGGGGUUACAACCUAAACAGAGCAAAAUCUUCACGGGCCAUGACAACUCAGGUGCUACCGUCUCAGACUUAUACUCCACCGCAUUCCAGACAACCAAUGCAAGUUUUGCUGGGCCUUUUACAAGGUCUGUUUUUGGAAGUAGCACAGUGUCAAGAUCAAGCCAGUCUACCAUGAAUUCAAUGACUGAUGAAAUUGAGGACCCAUCUUCUAAAAGGGAUGUGUCCAUCAGUCUUUCAGAUGUUCAUGUGAGGAGAGAAGAAGUGAAGGAGCAGAUAAGGGAAGACAUGCUGGAUGAGGUGGUGGAUCAGUACCUGACGGAGUCAGACACCAUCUGGCUGCUGGACAUGCCCGCUGUGUCUGUGUCUGUGGACUCAGAGGAGGCAGAGGCUGUGAGACAGAGAAACAUGACAUACACAGAGCUGUGCAAAAAUAGAGAGGGCAAUGAUAAGUACAUGGAGCGUUCAAUGCAGACAUUCAACGGAGCGCCCAAAAAUAAAGAGGUUCAGUGUGAGAACAUCGCCAUGUCUGAUGCAGCUACCAUGGCGACCACCUGGGAUUUGUAUGACUCAUACUGCAGUCCCAGCGCGGAGGGCCAGGGAGCAGCGGCUGCAGACGGAGAGAGGCGUGCUUGCAGCGACGUGAUGUCCUGCCACAGGCUUGGCAGCAUAGCCCCAGAUAUGAGCAUGUCUGUCGUCAGCUCUGCUAGCAUAGGUGAUGCCAAUACACUAAAUUGCAUACAGCACACAUCGCACAUAACAAGAAAAGUGUACAAAUGUGAGGAAUGGUAUUCUGUUUCAGCUAGUGGUUCCAGCUCUCGCAUCCAGGUCCAGGCCUAUGUGGUGCAGCUGGAGGAAGAGCCAGACCCAGAGCUCAUCCUCCAGUCAGACGAGUUCAAGAUGGACCUGGUGGUCAUGGAGAGGGUGGUGUUGGAGAAUAUUUAUCAGCCUGAACUGGCUGCAUACAGACACCUGGCAGUUUUGCAAGACCCUGACCGUGAGCUGAAGGCUGAGGCAGCGAGCAUCACGGCUAAGGAGGGGGGCAGCUCUCCGACCCCCACCAUGGAGCGCCUCUGGUCCUUCGGCUGUGUGCUCACCACCGGACGGAACGUUAGCUGCAUGGCCUGGAACAAGAAGAACCCGGAUCUCUUGGCUGUUGGAUAUGGCCAGUUUGAUUACAAAGAUCAGAAAUCAGGCCUGGUGUGCUGCUGGUCCCUGAAGAACCCCACGUGGCCUGAGCGAAUCUUUCACAGUGACAGUGGAGUCACUGCCCUUGACUUCUCUGCUAAUAAUGCCAGUCAGUUGGCAGUGGGCAUGCAUGAUGGCAGCCUGGCCACAUACAACGUGCAGAACACAGAAGACUCCCCAGUUGUAGACAGCAGUGACUGCGUCCACAAACACACCAGUGCCGUGUGGCAGGUGAAGUGGGUCAACCAGGAGAAGGGGCUCAUGGGCGAGGACAAAGGCGAGAGCCUCAUCACGGUGUCUGCCGAUGGGAGGAUCAUUAAAUGGUUCCUGCGCAAAGGAAUGGACUGCAUCGAUCUGAUGAAACUGAAGCGGACCAGAAACGACAAGCCAGGCAAGCAGGCAAGAGAGAAGGAGAGGAAGACUGAGGCUCUCAUCUCCCGACAGGCACCGGGGAUGUGCUUUGACUUUCAUCCCCAGGACUCCAACAUUUACCUGGUAGGCACAGAGGAGGGACACGUUCACAAAUGCUCCUGUUCAUACAACGAGCAGUUUCUGGAGACUUACCAUGGACACAGAGGUCCCAUCUAUAAGAUUGAGUGGUCUCCCUUCUGUACGGGCGCCUUCCUGAGCUGCUCCUCCGACUGGACUGUCCAGCUGUGGCAGCAGGACUGCUGCACGCCCGUGCUGGGCUUCACCUCUACCCAGAGGGCCGUGCAUGACAUCAAGUGGUCCGCCAUGUGGCCUACUGUGUUUGGAGCCGUCAACGAAGGGAGAGUGGAGAUCUGGGACCUGGCAGUGAGCAUCCUGGAUCCAACCAUAGUGAGCCCAGCUAAGCCAGGGGUCAAGCUCACCACGCUGUUGUUUGCCAUGGAGACAGAAUGCAUUCUGGUAGGAGACAGUGAUGGUCAGGUUAGCGUCUACCAUCUCAGGAACAUGCCAGGAGACACGGUGAAGGUGGGCAUUUAAGAAACACAGUGCCAUUAUCAGCUCUGCGUGUUUGGAUAUUCUUAAACUGAUGUUGACCGUAAGCCCACAGGGAAGGUAUCUUGUAAUUUACUGUAAUCCAUGACCAUGCAAUUUAAGGACUUCUAGCU